AUGGAUCACUUUAAAAAUAAAAACCAAAGAGAGGAAGAGGAGAAGAGACGGGGUGAAAAAGAGGUGGCGCGAGAGGAGAAGGAUGUGUCCAUCUCGGACAUGUCCUUCUCGGGCGAGGAAAGCGACCCGGUGGAGGAGACACCUGGGCGACAACUGCGUAGCCAGACGCAGAAGGCGGAGUCGGCGUCGAAGCUCAAGUUAGCCUCAGGGCCAACAAAAAAGAGGGCGCUAAAAAGCUCAGACGAAGAGGCAUACUUGGCCGUGCCAAAAAUGUCGACGGCAACGAGGGGACGCAAACGCGGCACAGCUGCAGGAAUGCACAGUUUCCUGAAGGCGGCUAAGGAGCACCUGGCGGAGGGGUUGGAGAGCGACGUGGAUGACUCCGACCCCACAUACCGGGCCUCCCUCAGAAAGCCGGUGAGCCCGAGGAAGGUGGGGCCGUUGCGAGACAGCGAGCAUAGCGCUGAGGAGGAACGGCGCAGACUCUGCGCGGACAACGCUCGACUAGCGAGGGAGCUUGAGCUGGUCCGCGCGGAAUUACGCGCCUUCAAAGAGGCGUACUCGGAGUCGCAGAAGCGAACCGCGGCGAAUGCGGCUCCAACGGAGGCACCCCAGGCACAUUCGAACCUGGAAGAGGUGCUUAAAAGCGCCUUAGAGGGGAUGAGGCGCGAGCUCCUACAAUCUGUUGGCGGGUUGGUAAACGCCCGCCUAGAAAGCCUGGAGUCGCGCCUCCCACCAGAGCCGGUGUUAAGGCCCCCUCUAAGAGCGGACAAGCGGCAACCGCCGCCGCCUCGACCUGAAACUCGAUCUGGCCUGGCGCCUGGAGCCAUCGGAGGGGACCCUGGAGCAACCCAGGCCCCUAAGGCUAAACCCAGGCUAGCCAGACGGAGGCCCACCAAGCCAACUGGCCCUCCCCCUCCCCCUUCCUCCUCUCAAGACGUGAGAGGAAGCGCAGGGAGAGCGGGCCAGGAGGACCACACUCCCCAGACGGCGGGGAGCGAGGUCCAAUGGUCAAAGGUGGUCGGACGUAAGGCCAAGGGGAAGGGAAAAACCCCAGCCUCAGCCGGAGCCCCCUCCCAAACCGGUACAUCCCGGAAAGGGGCUGUGGGUCCCCCCCCCACAAAAGCGGUAAAGAUCGUGGCCCCCAAGACGGCUGCCAUUAGUCUUACGUUAAAAAAGGGGGCCACAAUCUCCACAGCGGAAGGCCAAGUCACUGAGGCCAGAUACGUGGAGGUCUUGGCUAAGGCCAAGGCCUCCAUCAGGCUCAGUGACUUUGGCCUGGAAACAAUAAGAAUCCGCACGAGCAUGACCGGCUCCAAACUAAUGGAAGUGGGGGGGGAAACCCCAGAAGAGACCGCCGACCGCCUAGCCUCGGAAUUGACAAAAGUCAUCGGGGCCAUGGCGGACAUCGCCCGCCCGUCUAAACUGGUUGACCUCAGGAUCUCCGGUCUAGAUGAGACGGUGACCCAAGAAGAGGUGGCGACCAAGGUGGCGACGGUUGGGGGCUGCUCCCCCAGCGCGGUCAAAGUGGGCCUUAUCAGGCCCAGCUUCUGGGGUGGCGGCUCUGCCCUUGUCAAAUGCCCCGCAACGGCUGCCAAGGCAGCCGUCACAAUAGGGAAAGUGGCCAUAGGAUGGAGCAUGGCCACCAUCAACGCUGUGAAGGCCCGGCCGCUAAGGUGCUAUAAAUGCAUGCUGCUGGGCCACACACGCGCCCUAUGCCCGACGGAAGUGGAGAACGGUCAACUCUGUUUCCGUUGUGGCGAAGCGGGGCACAAGGCGGCCGCCUGCGAGGCGCCCUGUAAAUGCGCAGUAUGUGCUAAAGCAGGGCGCCCGCAUGUGCACGUGAUGGGGGGUGACAAAUGCGUGCCCCCCACCGUAAAAGGGAGGGCCUCGGCAGGUAGGCCGCGCCCUAGUCCGCCACAGAACUGCCAGCCGGCUGAGGAAACUAUGCAGGUGUCUUAA